GAGAGAGAGAGAGAGAGAGAGAGAAGGGUGGCAAAGCCCAAAAGAAAAGAGAAUGGGUAAGGUAGUGGAGACGAAGAAGAAGAAGAAGAAAGGACGCCCUUCUCUUUUAGAUCUCCAAAAACGCAACAUCAAAGAGCAGCAGCAGCAGCUCCAGCUCCUCCAAAACCGCAACAAUAAUCACAAUUCCAAACCUGCCCCUCGCUCCAACCCUAAUUACACCCCUGCCCCCGCCUCCCACCUCCGCCGGUCCACCCGCCGCAACCCCAACCCCGAAGACGACGACUACGACUACGACGACGAUUCCGAGCGCCGCGACAAGAAACUCAAGCUCGUCGUCAAAUUGCCCAAAUCCUCCGCGAAUUCCGGCGAGUCGGAGAAUGACGACGACGGCGCGUCGGAGAGCGGCAAAAAGCGCAAGAUCAAUGCUAUUACCAACGGAUCUGGCCCUCGUCACCCUCAAAAGGGUGAGAAGUCGGUACCUGUUUCCAAUCCCUCCUCAAGCACCCACCAAGGUGGGGUGAAGUCGGAACCUGGACCCUUUACUCCUCUACCGGAUACACAGCUGCUACUGUUUGUUCUUGAGAGGCUUCAAAAGAAGGACACAUAUGGGGUGUUUUCUGAACCUGUGGACCCCGAAGAGCUUCCAGACUACCAUGAAGUAAUAGACAAUCCUAUGGAUUUUGGGACGGUGAAGGAUAAACUUCUUAGUGAAGUGUAUGCCAGCUUGGAGCAGUUUGAGGAUGACAUUUUCUUAAUCUGCUCGAAUGCGAUGCAAUACAAUGCCCCAGAUACCAUAUAUUUCCGACAGGCGCGCUCCAUCCAUGAGCUUGCGAAAAAGAAUUUUGAAAACUUGAGGCAAGAUAGUGAUGAUAACGAACCAGAACCCAAGGUCGUAAGAAGGGGUAGACCACCGACCAAAAAUUUGAAAAAACCACUUGGGAGGCCUCCCUUGGAUCGUGCUGGUUCAGAGUUUUCAGACGCCACGCUUGCUACUGGGACAGAAAAUGCCAUAUUGUCCAAUCAUGAUCGUUCACAAAAUAAUGAUGUGUAUACUACUUGGUUGGCUGAUAACAAAUUCGAGAGGAAUGAUGACUCAACAGGUAGCAUGUUGAGAGGUAAUUCCAAGACUGGACAAAAGCAGUUUGUGUUCGACGAGACCAGGCGUAGUACAUAUCUACAAUCUAAUCGUUCAGCUAAUGGAAGAGAGUCAACUGUGUUGGCUACAUUUGAUAGAGAAAGAAAACAGCUAAUGCCUGUAGGGCUUCAGUCAGAUGGUUACGCGAGAAGCUUGGCUCGGUUUGCAGCAAAUCUUGGACCUGUGGCUUGGAGAAUUGCUGCACAUAGGAUCCGAAGAUCAUUGCCUGCUGGUGUUAAAUUCGGCCCUGGGUGGGUUGGUGAAAAUGAUGUUGCUCCUCAUAGGCCACUGAUAGUAGACUCAUCCUUGAAAGAGCAGCAAUUUUCUCCACAGUCCUUGCCCCUUCGUGCGAAUUCGUCGUCUGCUGCGACAUCUUGCUCUACUGAAUCAAAUAAAAAUAAGUUAUUGGAGAAACCUUCUGGGCAUAAAUUGUCAGAGGAACACCCAAGCAGUCCUCCCCCACUGUCCGCUGCCACCUCUUCAGAUCCCUUAGUUGCUAUCAAAUCUCCUGAACUGCAAACAGGAAAAGGAGAAACUGCUGAAGGAUCAAAUUCUCGUGGUGUAAUAAAUAUGAUGAAUAGUAAUCUUGGUGGAUUCCGGCCAAGGCCUCCUUUUCAGAUUCAGCAGACUCCUGAAAUACAACCUGGGAUGAAUGGAGUGAAUGGAACAUAUGGAUUACAGCAUCCUGCCCAGAUAGGGAAACAAGUUGGUGUGACCAGGUCUGGUAGCUUCAGCUUCCAAUCUUCUCAAAUGCCUGACCAAGUCACCAGAACUAAUACUAACUUGACUCAUCUAGGGACUUCAAACAGCUUAAAUUCAGAAGAAACCAAGCCCUCUGAAAAUCCAGGUACAAUGCAGUCCUCUGUUUCAUAUUCAAAUUCAGUGAAUGAGACACUGCCAGCCCGAACCUCAGGGGUUCGUACCCGAUCAUCUAGGCAAGGGUCAUUACAAGAAACUAAACCUAGUUCAGGAUUCUCACCCCAACAGAAGUCUGACUCAAUUCCACCCGAUCUGAACGUCAGAUUUCAGUCCCCAGGGUCCCCUAUUUCUAGCCGGGCUGAUUCAACGCAGCCGGAUUUAGCAUUGCAGCUCUAAGAAUAAUUGAUUGUCCCCUCUUUUCAGUCUUCCGUUAAUUUUUAGUUAACCAUAGAGUGGUGUGGGUGAUGAGAUCAUAGGGAUUGCUUUAAGGCACAGCCAAGCCGCACCUAAUUGUAUUGCAAAGGAGUAGGCUGUUCUUGUAUAGAUUACUGUAUCAUUCCUAAUUUGUAGGUCUAGAAGUAAUAGAAAGGCUUAAUUUGUAACACCAGGGACCAUGAUUUAGCUGAGUAUGCGUUCCUGGUGAUGUAUUCAUGUUUAUCAUACCUGUAAACUCCUUGUUCAAUCCAAGGAGAUACCCUUGUUCCAGAUGAUGUAAUGUUACUCUUAUAUUAAAUUGUAUCA